CGGACGAGCGGUCCGCGCGCACUUUCGCACAAGCUCGCUUCAGGUUUUCGCUUUCGUUCGUAGAAAUGGGAUGCGCGCGCGCUUAAGAUCCACGGCCGAGUUUAUUUCCUGCUCGGAAAUAUGACCGUGCUGUCGAACUAUAGAAUUCGGUGACAGUUUCGAAUUGUGUGCCGCCGCGUCGCUAAGUGACUUUAGAAUUAUUAACGUUUGUUAAUAGUGUGAAGUGAGAGUGUAGUGAUUGACAAACUAUAAGUGUAGUGAGUACGGGACUCUAGCAACAUGUCGGGCUUCGUGAAGAUCGCUAUAGACGACUAUUACUCGGACAGCAACUGGACUACGAUCAUAAACAAGUAUUGGAUGUUGGCUGAGAGAGUUUCAGAUCCGAGGGUGCAGGGAUGGUUCCUCUUCGACACGCCGCUGCCGACUCUGGCAAUGGUCGUGGUAUACCUAGGAUUCGUGAUGGUGGCCGGCCCACUGUGGAUGGCCAGCAAGAAGCCGUACCAGAUCAAGAAUACUCUAGUCGCUUACAAUGCCUUCCAAGUUCUGUUAUCACUAUACAUGUUCUAUGAGCACCUGAUGUCGGGAUGGUGGGGUGACUACAGCCUCUCUUGCCAGCCGGUGGACUACAGUGACAGUGAAAAAGCGAGACGGAUGUUACACCUGUGCUGGGUGUACUACUUCUCGAAGCUGUCAGAGUUCGCGGACACGAUGUUCUUCGUGUUGAGGAAGAAGAAGAGCCAGAUCACGUGGCUGCACCUCUACCACCACUCGCUCACCCCCUUCGAAGCCUGGGUGCUCGUUAAAUUUAUUGCUGGCGGGCACGGUACAUUCUCCAACAUCGUGAACAACCUGGUGCACAUCAUCAUGUACAGCUACUACAUGCUGGCCGCCAUGGGACCUCAGUACCAGAAGUAUCUCUGGUGGAAGAAGCACCUCACCACCCUUCAACUAAUGCAAUUCUUCAUGGUGCUGUUCCACUCCAUCAGCGCUUUGGUGUACGAUUGCGGCUAUCCAAAGAUCAUCGCAUCAGGCCUCAUCCUGCACUCGACGAUAUUCAUCGUGCUGUUCAUGAACUUCUACAUACAGGCUUACAAGAAAGAUAAGCCCAGAGCUGCCAAAGUGACCACCAACAACAAUAACAACAGCAUACCGAACGGUCACGCCAAGACGAACGGACACAUGAACGGCGAAGCCAACGGCCACAUCAGAGCCAACGAAGACACCAACAAAGCUAAUGGAUACACGAGCAACGGUAUCGCCAAGUGUGAACUCAACGGAUAUGCGACGAGCUCAGCGAUCAUCACAGAUAAAGAAAAAGUCCAUUAGCCAACCGAAUUCAAACCAUCUGACAAGGCUGAAGAGAGUUGAAGUUACUCCAAACCGUACCGUGAAUCAUGGGAUAAACCAGUGAAAGUUCAAUAGCUGGAGGCUUAUAAUAACCUUUUAUUGACACGUUCGCAUACUCAGAGAAAAACAUUAUAAAUUACCACUAAUCGCCGAUGGAGAUAUUCCGUUGACAAUUUUAAGAUGUCAAUGUUUACUAAGUUUCAACUCUCACAAUGUAAUUAAUUGUACAUUGAUAAGAUAUUGUACAGUUGUUUUUAAGUAAUAAGAUCACAAUGAUAAAUUAUAUUCCACUGAGAGCUAUGUUCAAUUAAGAUAUAAUUAAACUUGUAAAUAUUUUUUUAAAGUCUUCCAGCCUUGUUCGAAAUCUUAAAUACAUUUUUGACAAUUCACAUGUGAAGUAAGUUAAUUUAACUCAUUUGGAAUUCGUUAGAGAUUUAGAUUCGCGUGUUAGAUCAAUGAUUGUUUCGAACAAUCAGCAGAUUAAUGUAUGAACUACCUCAUAACCGAUUCCCUCCUAAGUCUUACUCUUCCGUCCAUUCAGCUUUAUUUAGUUUUAGGUAAAAAUAAUUUGUAAAUAUGUUAAUUUUUAAAUUAUUUUUGUUCAUGUACGUGGAUGAGUGGUGUCUUUUCAAUCUUUUCCAAUGCCACAAAAGUGAUAUGCAUAGAAUUCAUUUACAAAGUCAUAAUAAUAAUACAAGGUAAAAUACAUUUUUGUCAAGGUAAAGAUCAUUGACACAGUUACAUAUAAACAAAGAUUCGCUUUGUGGUAUCAAUGUCGCUUUUAUACUUUCGAUUUGUUUUUAUUGUAGAUUCUUGCCUCAUUGGAUAUCUGGUCACUUUCCAAAUUAGUAAACCUUCAAACGGCUAUUAAACAAAACGAGUUUGUGUUAUGAAUAUUGACUGAUAACUUUACUCUAUGAUGUUUCAUAGAGAAAAUUUGUUAGUGUAUAUACAUACUCUCAUACACUUGUAAAAAACAGUGUGCGAAUAAGAUCUAAACAUGCAAGCUUAAUUGUUUGACUUUUGUGAAUUAAACAAACCUUCAAAUAAUAAUUGAAUAAAUGUUUUGUACUCACUGAAAAAGUCGACCUUCAAAACAUUUAUUUGAUUGCAUUUUGUUAUUUCUCGUUUCUAAAACGUUAAAAACAAAGAUGCGUGAUAUUAUGUAUGCUUUGUGUGAUCCUUAUUUGUAAUCGGAUUGUAAAUUCUAUUAAAUUGUGACAUAGCAUGACGAAACUAUAGCUCAUGGUGGAAAACAGGAAGGAUGUCGCGUGUAUACAAAAUGCCAAUGUUAUUUACAUACCAGUCAAUUUUAGGAAAAAAUGUAUUUGUAUAGAUUAAUUUUAUAUAAGUACAUAUUUUAGAUAUGUAAAUAGUUUUUAAGUAUGUAAUGAAAAGUGUAACGUACCCUUUUAAUUAUAAAUUAUAAGAAUAUUAUGAAUAUUCCGAAAUUUGAUUGAUUUUAUGAAAUAUAAAAAGG